CUCUCGCCAGCUCUCUACCUGCCGGCGCACCACUGCGCACUACACAGCGCCGCUCCGCACCUCACACACGCCCGCCAUGGCGGCGAGCCGGCCGAACCUCGACGGCAUCCUGCUGCUCGAGCAGCCGUUUGCACGCACGCCCUUUGACGAGCUGCGCCGCCAGCUGCGCGCCCAGCAGCGCAUCGUCGAGCGCGACCUCGCCUGGUGCGCCACGGCACUCAGCAGCGGCGGCGCCAGUGCGGCGGCGCCCAGCAGCUCGGCGCCCGAGCCGCGACGCAGCGUCGACGGCAUGAGCAUCGACGAGACGCACGACGCCGCGCCGCGCUCUGACGCCGAGCGCACCCUGGACGCUGUUCUUGGCCGGCUACGGGGCAUGAAGCGCAAGCUCGCUCCUGUUGGCGAUGCCACGGAGCGCUCCCUCGCCUCGGCGGCCGCACGCACGGCGCACCUGCACGAGCUGCACCAGAUCGAGUCGACGUCGAGCGCUGCCUUUGAGGACUGGAGCCGUGUGCGCCUGGACCGCAUGCUGUGCGACUACCUCCUGCGCUGCGGCUUCCACGAGAGCGCCGCGACGCUGGCACGCAGCCGUGGCAUUGAGAAUCUGAUCGACGCAGACAUCUUCAGCGAGAUCGCACGCAUUGAGAGGUCGCUGUUGCCGCCACGAGACAGCACACAGCCGCGUUCCUGCACAAUGGCGCUGGCGUGGUGCUCGGAGAACAAGGCUGCGCUGCGCAAGAUCAAGUCGACCCUCGAGUUUGAGCUGCGGCUGCAAGAGUUCAUCGAGCUGUCGCGCACACGAACGCGCGAGUCGAUCACCGAGGCGAUGAGCUAUGCCAGCCGGCAUCUGCUGCCGCUCCUCACGUCCGGCCCGCCGGGCAGCGCCAAGGGCGCAGAGAAGCUCAGCGCCGGCGAGGACGCGGAGGAGAACGAGGCGCAUUUGCGCAUGUGCGCACAGGUCCGGAGAGCCAUGGGCUUGCUGGCCAUGCCGCCUGGCAAGUGGGCAUACUCGGAUCUCUACAGCGAGGACCGCUGGCACACGCUGAGCCGCUCGUUCCGCGAGUGUGCGCUGCAGAUCCACAGCCUGCCGCCGCAGCCGAUCCUGCACAUUGCGCUCUCGGCCGGCCUGUCGAGCCUCAAGCUGCCGGCGUGCUACAGCCACGAGACGGCGCGCGGUGCUGCUGGCGCCACGCAGCCGCCGGCGCACCUCGGUGGCCGCACGUGGGGCGACACAACGUCGGUGCCGCUCGGCGGAGCUCCGUCCGUCACGGCGCCGGCAGUCACGCUCCCUUCGGCCGCGCCGCUGACGUCUGGCGGCCUGCUGGCAUCCUCGCCGCCCUCGUCGGCUGCAGCGCGCAGCUCCUCGGCGCUCGGACAUGCACGCGACAGCGAGCUGGGCGACGAGCGCAAUGCCAACUGCCCCGUGUGCGACGCCGACGGCCUUGGCCAGCUGGCAAAGGAGGUGCCGUGGAGCCACCACACCAACUCGACGCUCGUGUGCCGCAUCAGCGGGCGCGUGAUGGACGAGAACGACCCGCCGCUCUGUCUGCCCAACGGCCGCGUGUACUCACGAACGGCGCUGCAAGAGAUGGCCACGGCCAACGCGUAUGGACACGUUACAUGUCCGCGCACGGGACAGACGUUCCCCUACACGUCCGCGCGCAAGGUCUUCAUCUCGUGACCGGCGCCGCCUCUCGCGACUCCUCGCUCCUUACGACUCCACCUGACGCUUCUCUCACGUAUCAUCAUACCCUCGCUGUCGGCCUCGCCUCGUCCACGCAAUCUCAGUCUCGACAACAUGCU